AUGAAAUUAACACCAGAAAAAAUCAUCAAGUUAUUAGAGUAUGCCAGAGGCGAAAAUAAAUCAUUUUUUAAUGAAGGUAUUAGAACGGCAAAGAAAAUGAUAAAAAAAUUAGAAUUUACCAAUUACCAAUACCCACACUGCAUACAAGUUGGGCACGGUAACGUCAAUUCAGCUGCUAAAAAGAAUGAUGAAGAAGAUUUCGAUCCAUCAAUGUAUAAAGAAAACCGUACUAAACAAUUAAAUGAUUCAAAUCUUGGUGUUAACCCAUGGCCACAUAAAUUUAAUGUAUCACAUUCAUUACCAAAAUUUGUUGAAGAAUUUUCAAGUAUUCAAAAAGAUGAUGCACCAUCAACUCAAGUUGUUUCAAUUGCAGGUCGUGUUUUAAGUAAAAGAGCUGCUGGUUCAGGUUUAGUUUUCUAUGAUCUCAGUGGUGAAUUCAAUAAAGUUCAAGUUUUAGUUAACAAACGUUUAUAUGCUUCAGGUGAAGACGAAUACACUAAAGUCAAUGGUCUCCUUAGACGUGGUGAUAUCAUUGGUGCUAUUGGUACUGCUGGUCGUUCAAAGACUGGUGAAUUAUCAUUAUUUGCCACUGAAGUCAUCCUCUUAUCACCAUGUUUACACAUGCUUCCAAAACCAAAUAAUCAAUUAGUCGAUUUAGAAACUCGUUUCCGUCAACGUUAUUUAGAUAUGAUUUGUAAUGAAAGCGUUAAAAAGAACUUUAUCAUUCGUAGCAAAGUUAUUCAAGGUGUAAGAAAAUAUUUAGAUAACCUCAAUUUCGUCGAAGUUGAAACUCCAAUGAUGAAUAUGAUUGCUGGUGGUGCCGCUGCUAAACCAUUCACCACCCAUCACAAUGCUCUCAAUUUAGAUUUAUUCAUGAGAAUUGCUCCAGAACUUUACCUCAAACAAUUAGUAGUCGGUGGUAUGGAUCGUGUUUAUGAAAUCGGUAAACAAUUUAGAAAUGAAGAUAUUGAUCACACUCACAACCCAGAAUUCACAACUUGUGAAUACUAUAUGGCUUACGCUGAUUACAACGAUAUCAUGAGAAUGACCGAAGAAUUAAUCCAAGGUAUUGUUAUGGAUAUCCACAAUACCCUCAAAAUUAAAUAUCAACCAGAUGGUCCAACUGGUAAAGAAAUCGAAAUCGAUUUCUCUGGUCCAUGGAGAAAGAUUGAUAUGAUUCCAGAAUUAGAAAAAAUCAUUGGUACUAUCCCAACUCCAUACACCUCAGAAGAAACUCGUACUUUCUUAGCCAAUGCCUGUAAAGUACAUAAAGUUGAAUGCUCAGCUCCACAAACCACUGCUCGUCUUCUUGAUAAACUUGUCGGUGAAUUUUUAGAAUCACAAUGUAUCAAUCCAACCUUUAUUAUUAAUCAUCCAGAAAUUAUGAGUCCAUUAUCAAAAUACCACAGAACUACUCCAGGUUUAACUGAACGUUUCGAACUCUUUGUUAAUACUCGUGAACUUUGUAACGCUUACACCGAAUUAAACAAUCCAUUCGUUCAACGUGAUCGUUUCGAAGAACAAGCUAAAGCUAAAGCUCAAGGUGAUGAUGAAGCUUGUGGUAUUGAUGAAGUUUUCGUUACCUCAUUAGAAUAUGGUUUACCACCAACUGGUGGUUUCGGUCUUGGUAUUGAUCGUUUCGUUAUGUUAAUGUCAAAUACUUACAAUAUUAAAGAAGUUAUUUUAUUCCCAGCUAUGAAACCUAUUAGAAAUGAAGUUAAACCAGAAGAUGGUCAACAACCACAACAACCACAACCAACUCCACAAUCAAAUUAA